CCAAAUGUGGGGUCAGAUAUUGUGCUAACUGUGAACACUGGGAGUAUCAAAGUACUUGGCAGCGCUAUAAAGGCGCUGCCGAGAACAAGUUCUUGCAUGUGUGGGCCGCUGGCAGCGAGUCAGCGUUCAGGCGAAGUGGAAGAUGGAACCGGUGAAGCAGUGAGGAGCCUGUUUUUUUUUUGUUUUUUUGAGGCCUGUUCUGGGAACAUGUUUUCACCGCUGCGCUGGCGUUUUAAGGAAUACACCUCGACUCGCCGCCUGGAACCCGCUCGCUGCAGGUUAAAGGGUCUAUUUGUGGCCUCCCUCUCGCCUGCCAGCGCCCCGUAAUCCCGUGGCUGCUCCGUCUUGUCACAGCAGAAAGCGUGUUUUCCUAUUCUUGUUAAUGCCAUGUGCCAACUGCUUGCAGGUAUGCGCCCACCCACUGUGGACGUGGGCAGCUCCCGGCCAUGUGAUCCACGGUGGGUUUAAAAGCUUAUGGCCCACGGAGAAGGCGCAGCACCCCGUUCCCCACUCAGCCACAUCUGAAGUGGACACAGCACCACCUGGGUGCCGCAUCCAAAACAUGUCGGACACAGAAGAUGCCGCGUAUGCGCACCAGCGUAAGUCUGUGUAUGUUGUCCCCGAGCUCGUGCAGACACAGGUGACGUGACUCGGUUGAGUGUAGUUCACAGGCGCUAGCUUGAUGCUACGUGGCUGCUCGUCACACAAAUGUGCAUGAGUGGCGUCGUUAUUCUGCAUGAUGACAUGUGGGAAAUGAACCUGCUGCAGCUGAUCUCUGCUCUUCACCUUUUCAUGUGUGUUGUACGGUGUGAAGAUGAAGAGGAUAUUGUUGAUGGUGCAGAGGAAAAUGAAGGAGAGGAGACAAAACCCAAAAUCAAACCCGGUUUUGUUCCCGGCCUGGCACCUCCCAAGAUCCCAGAAGGGGAAAAAGUGGAUUUUGACGACAUACACAGAAAACGAAUGGAGAAGGACCUGACUGAGCUCCAGACUCUGAUCGAAGCUCACUUUGAGAAGCGUAAGAAGGAGGAAGAGGAGCUGCUCAACCUCACAGACCGCAUAGAGAAACGCAGGUCAGAGAGAGCGGAGCAGAUGAAAAUCAGAGCCGAGCGGGAGCGCGAGCGGCAGAACAAACUAAAUGAAGAGAAAGCGAGGAAAGAAGAGGAGGAGGCCAAGAAGAAAGCCGACGACGACGCACGAAAGAAGCUGAUUCUGUCCAACUUGAGCUUCACUGGAUACAAGCAGACACAGACCGGGACGAAGAGACAAACGGAGAGAGAGAAGAAGAGGAAGAUCCUGAACGACCGACGCAAGGAGCUGAACAUCGACCACCUGAAAGAGGACAAGCUCAGAGAAAAGGCGAAGGAGCUGUGGGACUGGAUGCGUCAGCUGGAGGCGGAGAAAUAUGAACUUCAGUACAAGUACAUGAAGCAGAAGUACGAGAUCACCGUGCUGAGGAACCGGGUCAGCGACCACCAGAAAGUUUCAAAGGGAAGCAGGAGCAAGCGCGGCCUGAGGAAGUAACGUGCAGCCUGAACCCGGGGUGAAAGCAGCGGCGUGAGAGCAACAGAAACUGCAGAUUGUUUUUACUUUAAGUACUUGAACAAAAACUAAAUUCAAACCGUGGAGGUUUCAUGAGAAGAUCUUACGUGUGAAAUUAAAUGCAUGAUUAGGUGAGUAGACAGACUGUUUACGACUGCAGCUCGUGUUUGUUUAAGAGGGAUUUGGCUGUAAUUAUGGAUCUAAGAUCCUGAAUUGUGUCUUUUUCCGAGCUAUUAACAGGUCACAUUCACAAGGCGUCAGGUGAAGUCAGACGAAAUCACAGAAUCCUGCGUGUAUCAUUUUGUGGCUAUAAUUAAUUAAAUCUUAAUUUCACAAAUACAAA